AGUGAGCUCCCUGCACCCUGAGGUGGCUUCUCCUGCACGUCCCUGGCCUCCAGCCCAGAAGACCUUGUGUGUGCUGAGAGUGGGUGCCCUAUGGUACUGACAGUUUUGGGGUGGCCCACAGGGAGGAGGACAAUGUGCGCAGCAAAAUGCAUCAAAAUAGUGCAUUUUGCCAGGCAUGUUGUCCUCCUCCCCGUGAGCCACCUCAAGGCACUGGGUGUCACGAAGCCCAUCACCAAACACAGAUGGCUGCUUAAGAGGGACAAGCUCCAGUUCAUCAGUGAAAUUCCAAUCCCAGAUGGACAAUGUGACGUUGCCAAGCCACGAGGGCCCUGCGGUGCUCAGCACCAUGCUCUGUCCCUGUGGGACAUGCUGGCAUCGGUGGGGUGGGGUCGUGCCAGCCCAGGUGUCCCUUCAGCUCCCAAUGCAGCACAUUGCCUGUAAUUAAUCUGCUUUGUUAAGAGAGCUCCCUGCUGUCACUAAUUAAGCAUCUGUAAUUACCCAGGCUGCUGGCUCUGUGCCUGAGCAUAGGGCUUCCUCCAAGCAGCAGGGGUGAGGGGGGGCUGAGAGCCUCUUGCACCCAAAGGAGGGGGAAUACCAGUGCCUGAUGCUCCUGGCCAAGCACAGCACGGGCAGGGCUGGAUAUGGCCAAGUGCUGUUCCUGCAAUGGGAACACACAGUUCCACAGCUCCACACAGUGCUGGCCCAGUGCUGAUCCCAGUAAGGGAUCCAUCCUGUAGAGGGCUCCUGUUUGAGUGAGUGUGGGGUUCCCCAGGGCUUGGUUCCCCCCCCUGUUUGGGUAAAAAGGUGAGGGGAGUGUGUUCAGGCAUUUUAUGGGUGCUAGGAGCUGGUCCCUGCCUCUGCCACCUCCCCAGCCCUGCUGCAGGGUUCACAGCUCUGCUCUGAUGCCACCAGGGUGGGUGGGCUGGUGGGACUAUGGGGUUCUGAUGAGGGCUGUGGAGUUCCACGCAGCCAGCAGCAUUACAGCCCGGUUAUCAGGAGGCUCUGCCUUAGCUCCUAGUAGGAGACUCUAGGGCUGGGAGUUACGUGGAGCUGAGAGCAUGCAGAAAAAUGGUGUCCAGGCAGUUGACCCUGAAAUCCCCUCCUUCUGCCCCUACUGGGCAAUAAGGACUGCCCUGUCUCUAUUUUGGGGUCCCUAUGGAAGGAAGAGCUCAUGUUCCCCCUGCCCAGGACUGAGCUAUGCUCUGCCACAGAUGGAUCUUCCUCUGCAGCAAGGCAAGGCCUGGCUCCUGCUGAAGCUGUGGGAGAUGCUAGCAAGGUUGGCCCCAGCGUGGAGUGGAGGAGCUGUGUUGGGUUGGGCGUGAAGGCACAUCUCCCUUGGGUGGGAGUACCCCAAGAUACUACAAGACCGACUGCGUAGAGCAGGAGAGAAGGAGACCAUCCUGGGGCACUUCUAGCUGACGGCACAGGGAGCAUGGCAUGGCCAGGAGCAGGAAGGCAUCUGCUUGUUCCCAUGCCACCGGAGGUGGGGAGAAGGUGUGGGUGGAAGCAGCUGCUGUGGGAGUGGAGCAGGGUGGUUUUGUAGAAGGUAUGUCAUGUCAGAAAAGGGUUGGAGCCACUGGGUGUGACCCAGGAGAUGUGGUGCUGGGGUUGUUAUAGGAAGGCACGAGCAGAGCCCUCUGACCAAAGGGCUGGAGGAACCAAGGGGUGUGGGCAGCAGUGCACGGAUGGAGCAGUGGGGCUGUGAGGCCCCAGAUAUGGGAUGCUGGUGGCUGAGCUGGCUGACACCAAGCCAGUCAGUUUUGCGAUGUCAGAACGCUGCUUUUGAAAAGCAAGACCAGUUUCCAGACUUCCGCAGCCCAGGAAUGGGCUUGAAUCUUACAUGCCUGGUGUGACAGCGAGUGAGCAGGAGGAGAGGCUAAUUACACUCCUGUGCACGCUGACUGCACUGCCAUAAACACCUAACGCAACGCGGCCCCUGGCUGCCAGCUGGGGCGGGGGCUGGCCAGCCUGUGCGGGGAGCAGCCAGGUGUGCUCCAGUGGCCUCAUAAUCUGCAGUGUGGGUCCUGAUGGUGUGGGGAACUGCGGCCAGCCUCGCUGGGGUGAUGGGUAUGGACCAGAGCUGCUCCUGCUAUCAGGAGGAUAUCAGGGGUUCCCGUGACCCCAGGAGGUGCCCCCAGCGUGAGCACUAUAAUAAGCAGCAUGCUGAUUGCAUCAAGUCGGAAGCAUUGCAAUAGGCACAUCCCAGCUGUGACUCCGUGGGUGACCCAGGGUCUAUGGUGUUGACUCACCUCCGCUCUCCACCCUCGGCUGGUGAGCCUGCCUCCCACCUCUGCCAGUCCAUACUCGAGCCUCUGCACAGGGCGAGCAGCACACAACUCCUUCCCCAGGACCAGCCCCACACACCCACAUGCGGCUCUGUUGAUACCCUAGUGUCUCCUGCCGUGCUCCUGGCAGCCCUGUCCUCCUCCCCAGCUCCUGGGGACACGGGCUAAGCUCUCCAGCACCCUCGUGCCCAGGCAGCACGAUGGAGGCUGUCUUGCUCCAGGGGCUGCUGCUCCUCCUCCUGUUCGCUGCCCUGCUGCUUUACCAGCACAAUGCCGCCUUCAACUACUUCUGCAAGGUGGCCUUCUUUAACUGUUGGGUUGUGGCCAUGGCCACUCUCCUCUCCCCCUUGGCAGCUCUUCGGGGACGCUCCGUGGAGAAUAUGAAGCUCCUGCGUGCUGCGAUCCGGCCCCUCAAGCACUUGUACGGCAUCAAGAUGCAGGUGUGGGGCUCCGAGCAUCUGAAUACCGAGGAGCCCUAUGUGAUAGUUUGCAACCACCAAGCUUCCCUUGACCUCAUGGGCAUGGUGGAAGUGAUCCCCGACCGCUGCGUGCCCAUCGCCAAGAAGGAGCUCAUGUACAUGGGCACCGUGGGGUGGGCCUGCUGGCUCAGUGGCAUCAUCUUCAUUGACCGCCACAAGAGGGGAGAUGCCAUCGGUGUCAUCUCACAGACGGCCAAGACCAUACGGCGUGAAAAUAUCCGAGUGCUGAUUUUCCCUGAAGGCACCAGGAACCAGGACAAAUCCAUGCUGCCCUUCAAGCGUGGGGCUUUUCACUUGGCUGUGCAGGCUCAGGUUCCCAUUUUCCCCAUUGUGAUCUCCCCGUACUGGGACUUCUUCAGCUCCAAGGAUAAGAAAUUCACCUCUGGGACAUGUACCAUCCAAGUCCUCCCCAAGAUAGAAACCCAGGGCCUGAGCCUGAAGGAUGUCCCCGAGCUAACAGAGACUGUCCGCAAAGCCAUGGUUGAUGUCUUCUCUGAGAUGGCUGCAAAUCAGCGGGGGAACCAGCGCGCUGAGCACCCUCCGCUCCCAUGCUGUGCUGGGGCCACCAAGGGGACUGGCAGUCCAUGGCACAAGGGGGACACAGCUGGGUCCAGUGAUUAGGCAAAGGAACAGAACCUCUUGGGGCAUCAGGAAGGUGGUGCAGUCACAGGCUGGGCCACACUGUCCCCCUGUCCCCUGUAGAUAUGUCUUCUGGGCUUGCAGCAGGAUGGUGCCCUGGUAAAAGGGGAAGCAGAGCAGGGUGGGAGGCAGCGCUGAAAACAGAGCAAGGUGCCCCAGAACCCCCUUGCAAUGACGUGUGUCUCCCCCAGCCCUGGUGCUGUGCAGCUGGCCCAGCCUGUGGGCUCCAUCUAGUGGGAUGGAUCCUGCCCAUGCAAGGGGUGAAGGGCUGGGUGUGCCAGGUAGAGCUCACUGCACUGUUCUCUGUCCCUCGUGGUGUGGUUCACCUGUGGGCUUGUUCAGUUGUUUCCUGCCAGGGGAAGCUGCAAGCCAUGGUCCUAAUGGCAGCGCUGUCCUCAUGCAGCCACCCUUGGGGAGGGUGCAGAGCACACGGUGAGGCUGGGAGGGACGGGAGGAACGUGGGGAGGGGGAUAUUGCCACGUGGGAAGAGCAACCUCAAUGUAGAGGAUGGUGCAAGAUUAAAGAAUCCACAGCUGGUGUCUGUGCGUGGUGCCUGAACCUGAGGGGAGAGGGCACAGUGGGGGGGGGAUCCGUCUCCUUACGGCCAUGCUG